AUAUUCAUGGUGGAACCCAGGAACACGGUGAGUGCGAGUCGCUGCGCAUGCUCCGCCCACUUCUGGGCUUGCCUUCGCUGCAGACAAGCCAGCCAGCAACAUGACUGACAAUCUCUGCCAUCACCCACCACACCACCUAUGCAAAACUUGAAAUGGGCACUGACACGAAGCUCUCAUCCAAAGGCGCCGACACCGACAAAAAUACGCACGAUGGGGAGCCCGAACGUGGUCGCGGCAGGAGCAAACAUCUGUCCCCUACGCUCCACAUACCCAAGAAUCGAAGCACCGGAAACCUCACCGUUGUCGACGAGGUGCCAAUACCCGAUAAGUCGACAUCGCGAAUUCGCUUCUCCUUCGAUGCAGGAUCAGCUGCCACGGCCGACUAUGAUUCGAUCACAAGAUCUCCCCUCAUAACCGAUCACGAUCAUGGACUUGGUCUGUCUGGGCUGCGACGUAUCCGCCAGCACCAGCCCAUGCGCACCCCCACAUUACCUUCAUCCGCCGCUACAUCCCGAAGUCCUUCUGUUGGCAUUACGAGGUCGUCGUCCAUGACAAUGAUGCUGCCUCCUGGACACCAAAUACCGUUGUCGCCUGGACCGGCGUCGCCCAACUUCACCGAAGAUCUCACUCGCUUCCCGUCCGAGUCCUUGCACUCUUUCUCUUUUGCUCAUCAGUCCGAAGACUUCAUGCAUAACCGCCAGAACGUCCUGAAACGGUCUAUAGAGUUUAUGAAAGAUCGCCUGGGCUGGGCUGCAUCAUCUAGUGCUGCGAUUGCCAGUGCCCAAGCAAGAGUGACCGGCGAUGUUGAAACUCAGAAUAUGCUGGAAAUGCUAGCAAGGGCACAACUACUUGGUGCUGGAAACCUGCCCCACUCUGAUUCCUCAUUCGUGGCCGGUCCGUUGACUGGGCCUGCCGAUAUAUCAGGAGAUAAUGUCUUUGAGAAGGAGUUCAUACCGAGGACGAGCAGUCCCGACUCAUAUUCGACCCCCCGAGUGUCCCCAAAUACGUUGCGGUCGCCGCAAGUCGAACCGGAGAGCACAUCUCGCACUGAGGAUGACGUGCCGCGAUCGAAGCAUACAGGGGCCGUUCAAAACGACCCCGAUUCGGAGAAUUCUUCACGUACACCUACCAAUGAGAGCGGAACAACUGCUAAGACAUCCCCGCCAGUCUCGAGGAAGCCGAGUUUGCGAAGGACCUAUACUGAUGUGGCUCCCAUGUCAUUGCAGCAGAAGCUUAUGGAUGCUAUGGCUCAGCCCUUCGUCGCCGGUCAGCAAAGGGGAUACCCAGACGCCUUAGCAUCUCCGGCAUUGCCGCCACAAUCCGGACCAGCUUCGUUUAGUGUCCCAGGACCCCUAGGACCAGCAGUCCAUGGCCAUUCGACGCGCUGGGUCCCGGCGGCCCAGGCUAUAUUUACAACAGAAUCCAAACCGCCGUGGACAAUCCUGGCGGCCAAUGACCUGGCUUGUCUCGUGUUUGGUGUCACCAAAGCUGAGGUGCGCAAAAUGGGUAUCCUGGAAGUCGUCCAGGAGGAAAGAAGAUCAUGGUUGGAGACCAAGUUACUUGGCGAGGAUCCUGACAAAGCUGUUCAAGCUCCCAAGAAGCAAGUUACCAAACCUGCACCAGCGUCAAGUGGUUCCGCACUACUAGGAGGACGCGGUGGUAUAACUGCACAGCUACUAAGCAAGCCUAAUUCUAGGUCACAGCCUCCACAGGCACCGGGGCGGCGGGCGGCCACUGUUCACAGCGGUGAUGCGACGCCUUUGAAAGCUCGUGGUGGUACACACCAUCACAAUUCGAAAUCUAGGGGGGUCUUGCUUUGCGGCGACGUGGUACCGAUCCGAAAAAGGAAUGGUGCUACUGGCUCAGCGAGUCUCUGGGUAAAAGAGAAGAGGAUUGGGCUGAUUUGGGUUCUUGAGGAAAUCCACGAGGAUGUCGUGUUACUCAGUCUCGACGAAGAUGGGGUCGUCACCAAGAUCGCGGGGGACACAAGUCCUAUAUGGAGAGAAGAUGACGUUCGCCCGGGCAUGGACGUUGGAAAACUCAUAAGCCGCAUUCCCAGGCAAGGGAUUGACCCAAGAACUGGUGCCAUCGACUACGCUCAAAUCGCCAAGCGGAGAUACUUCACUUGCCGCAACAGUGAUAAAAUCAACAUCCCGGCAACCGUGAGUCAAACCCGAGGUCAGAUGGAGCUUCGUGUCUCCAGCUUUCCUCAUAUUGCGGGCAUCGUAGUCAUUGCCCCUAGCACCCUGAAAAUCAAGAGUUCUAACUCCGUGUUCUGCGGCGCCUUGUUUGGCUAUGAUAAGUCAGAGGGACUGCACAUCAAUACACUCGUACCUGACUUCGACAAAAUCCUAAGGAUUUUGACAGACCAGGACGGGGUGGACCUACAUGACGGUAUCGUCGUGCCAGAGCACAGCUUCCGCAAGGCAUCGGCUGUCUUAGCUGUCCGCGAAGGCAGACCUGAUGCGGCGUUGGGAUUUCUGAAUCCGGAAGGUCUUGCUGCGAAACACCGUGACGGCACCGAACUCAAGAUCGACGCCCAGAUGAGAGUGGUCAAGAGUGAGAAACGACCUAACCACGAUUCUGGAUCAAGUGAUGAAGAGCUAUCUCCAAUUGAGGAGGCAGGAUCCACCAACGAACCGGAAAUGGUUUUUGCCUUAUGGAUUACAUACUCAAGACACUUACACGCCCCCCGAGGCACCUCAAUCGUGCCCACUAGCUCACCACUCCUUUCUGGAGCAGCGACACCAUUGCACCAGCCCUCGCCCGGCCAGACACCGGCACACACGCCUCAAGACAUAAGCUCGGAUUCUGACGAACCAAAGAAGGCAUCCGCGGCACUAAUGCUGACACAGCAAUUGAAAGAUGUCGCGAGAUCGGCUGCAGCCAAACUUACUGGCAGCACAAGACCCUCAGAUGAGCCAGCAGCCCCAGUACCUGAUAUCAGCGAGCCAGUAGCCGACAAGAAGAGUAUUGAAGAUUUCGUCAUAUUAGAGGACAUGGGCCAAGGUGCUUAUGGCCAAGUCAAGCUUGCUCGCUAUAAGCACCAUGGCGGAAGAAAAGUCGUUUUGAAAUAUGUGACGAAGCGGCGGAUUCUUGUGGAUACCUGGACUAGAGAUCGUCGCCUCGGCACGGUACCCCUAGAAAUACACGUCCUCGACUACCUCCGCAGGGAUGGUCACAAGCACCCUAACAUUGUCGAGAUGGAGGAUUUCUUCGAAGAUGACACCAAUUACUACAUCGAGAUGGCCCCGCAUGGUCUGCCAGGAAUGGACCUGUUUGAUUACAUUGAACUUCGCACAAACAUGGAGGAGGACGAGUGUCGCAGCAUUUUUGUCCAGGUAGCCAGGGCCAUACAGCACCUCCACAUUAAGGCUAAGGUUGUCCAUCGGGAUAUUAAAGACGAGAAUGUCAUUCUAGAUGGCGAGGGAAAUAUCAAGUUGAUUGACUUCGGCAGCGCAGCAUACAUCAAGAGUGGCCCUUUCGACGUCUUCGUUGGUACCAUUGAUUAUGCCGCCCCCGAGGUAUUGGCGGGUAAGCCAUACGGCGGUAAAGAGCAAGACGUCUGGGCUCUUGGAAUUCUUCUCUACACUAUAGUAUACAAGGAGAACCCGUUCUACAGCAUCGACGAGAUAAUGGAUCGCGACUUGCGGGUGCCUUACACUAUCAGCGAUGAGAGUAUUGACCUUAUCCGGUGCAUGCUCAACCGCGAUGUCACGCAACGAUACGACAUCAACCAAGUGUUGAAUCAUCCAUGGUGCCAGAUGGAUAUUUGAAAGCUUGGCAGGGAGACUGAACUGGGCAGGGGCUGGGAUUGAUGAAUGCAUAACGAGACAUUACCCUGAUGAACACUGGAAGAGAGGUGGUUGACUAGAUGACGAAACGUUUGGUGCAUGAUACCCUCGAAGA